AUGACAGAAGUAACUGAUAGUAAAUGGAGGAAGAUUGACAGUGAUAAUACUAAAUUUCAAUUAUUAGAAACAGGAACAUCACUUGAAAAUUGGGAUCCAUUUUAUUGGGCAGCACAAUCAUGUCCUGUAUUAAACAGCCCAGUAGAUUGGAAAGAAACACCAGAGAAUCAUGUCUUUAUGGUUGAUCUUCCCGGUGUUACGAAAGAGGAUGUCAAGAUAGUGGUUGAUCAAGGAAGGGUCCUCCAAAUAAGUGGGGAUAGAGGUGGUGCCUCUGAUCACCGGGAGGUGGGUUCUGAGGCUGCCAAAGACGGGGAUAAAUGGCACCGGAUUGAGCGAAGCAGGGGUAAGUUCUGUAGGAGAUUCCAACUGCCACAGAAUGCUGAAGCUGAUGAAGUUAAGGCUAAUAUGGAGAAUGGUGUGCUUAAGGUGAUUAUUCCUAAACAAGAGAUGAAGAAGCCUGAAAAGAAGGUUAUUGAGAUUGAGGAGAAAUAAUGAGAUGACACUAUAAGGUCUUACUUCGUUUGAAAUCAAUAAUGGUUAAAGUUAUGCAUUGUAGAGUAUAUGAGUAAUUGAAUAAAGAUGCUGAUGUAUUGUGAUAUUACUGAUAUAUAAUGUGUUGAGUGUUUGAGUUUUUGUGUUAAGUGAAUACUUCCAAUUGAUUUGAUAUAAUCUUCUCAA